UGGGUUUGCCCUUCUUCAGGUGGUCUGGGCCAAGACAGAGAGGAUUGGCUGUGGCUCCCACUUCUGUGAGAAGCUCCAGGGUGUUGAGGAGAUCAAUAUCCAACUGCUGGUUUGCAACUAUGAGCCCCCGGGGAACGUGAAGGGAAAGAGACCCUACCAGGAAGGGACUCCGUGCUCCCUGUGUCCCUCCGGCCACCGCUGCGAGAAGUCCCUCUGUGAACCCGUCAGAGGCCCGGAAGAGGCUCAGGAUUUGCCCUACCUGCUAACUGAGGCCCCAUCUUCCCUGGCAACUGAGGCUUCAGGCUCUAGGAAAAGCAGUAGCCCUUCCUCCCUGGCAACGGAAACUCCAUCCUCCUUGGUAACAGAGGUCUCAGGCCCUCUGGCAACCACGGCUCUACCUGCUGUAGAAACCGAGGCCCCAUCUUCCUUAGCAACGGAAGAUUCCCCCUCCAUGGCAACAGAGGCUCCACCUUCCUUAACAACUGAGGUCCCUUCCUUUUUGGCAACUCACAGCCUGUUCUCCCUGGAUGAGGGGCCAGCUACCUUCUCCAAAUCAACCCAUGAUCUCAUCUCCAAAUUGGCAGACAAAGAGGCCAGCAGGACAAGCGUGCCCUCCAAGAGUCCAGAGAGUUCUCUGCACCCCAAGAUAUUCUUGACAGGGACACGGGAGCCGCUACCCCACUCCCAGAAGGCGGGCAAGGCUGAGGCCGAGUUGUCUCCUUCCAGUGAGGUCUCAGCCUCAGUUUUUCCAGGCCAGGACCAGACAGGUGAGCUGCCGGCCACACUGGACCACAUGGGGCACACCUCCUCCAAGUCCCUGUCCAACUCCCCCAAUACCUCUGCCACCGCUAAGGCCGUGGGCGGGCGGACCCUGGCUCUGCAGUCAUCUUUAGCAGGUGCAGAGGGCCCUGAAAAGCCUAGCGUCAAGUCAGGGCUAAACUCGGGCCCCGGUCACAUCCGGGGCCCCCUUCUGGGACUGCUGCUGCUGCCUCCCCUGGUGCUGGCUGGAAUCUUCUGAAGGGGCCGCCACUCAAAGGCAAGGCCUGGUGGGGAGACCCUGGCCUCAUGCCCACUCUGGAUUGCCUUUCUCCGAGUAAGAGGCCACAGUUUCCUGGGCAGGUCCUGUUCUGUGGCCCCAGUAGCCCCCGGUGACCCCAGCUUCUGGCCAGACUGCAGGCCAGUGCCCUCGUGCCCUCAGGAGGCCUCUAUAAUGCCAACUGCUGGCACUGCCCCAGGCGUUCCUCUGCCUGGGCGGAGGUCCACCCCUCAGCUAGCUGCAGGUUGUUCUGAGCAGUGUUCCUGUGGCCACUUGGGCUCAUUCUCCAGUUGUCCUGUGGCUGUGGUUCUGCUCUUCCAGGGACAGAUCUCAGUGCUUCCCAGAAACCCCUUGACCCCUCCUAGUGCCCUGGCUUCUUCCUUAAGCCAUCUGAGUCUGACGCUCUUCCCGGGAGGACCUCUUGCCUUCCCAGGCUGAAGAGGUCAGCUGUCCUGCCAUCUCCCCCACCCUGCCCCCCACCCCCCAGACAAGAUGCUUCUUGGCUGAAGGCCCUCCGGACAGGAAAGGCUAGGAAAGGCUGCAGGAAAGGCUGCGGGCUGUGCCUCAUCCACAGAUGCCUUGGGGGCAUGAGGCCUGCCACCUGGCCCAGACCCCUCCUGCCCCUCCCAUCUCAAUCCUGGGGCGGGGGGAUUCAGGGGAGAUCCCUGCCUACCAGGCUUGGGACCGUCUGCCUCGGCAGGUAGGGCGUUCUCCCUGAGUGCCCCCUCCCCCUACUUGCUGGUAUAGCUGGGGAGAGGGGUUGUGAGGAGCAGAUGAAGGACAAGCCCCACUUGAAUGGGGUUCUACACGGCGGGGGGGGGGGGCAGGCAAGGACCAGGGAAGGGAAGCAGCCCCUGACUCCUGAAUAAAACCUGUAAGAGUA